UGAGAACAGAAAGUGAAAGAUAGAAUCAGUUUCGAGCAGAUCGUCGGUGCGAGGUUCCUUUCACCAUGUCAUCAGACGAGGAUUUCUCCCUGGUGACUGAGAAAGAUGAAGAAACACUGGAGGGAAUCCAGGCUCUAAUCAAAGAUUACCAGAGGAAAUACUCUGCGCUCCUGGAGGAGCAGGAGGAUUUAAAGGUCUCCAUUAAGGAACGACAGGAAAUGACCCAAAAGUUCAAGGAUCGCACAGAAAAAGUGACGGACGGUCUGAAGAAAGACCAGAUUGCCUUCGAAGAACAGAUCGCAGCUGAAAAGGCCAGGUUGGAAGCCCUGCAGCAGGAGGACUGCGAACUCAUGGAGGAGCUGCAGAGACUCCAGGCUGAGAUCCAGAAGGAAGAUUCCCAAAACGCCCAACUGAAGGAGCGAGCGGAUGUUUUCUCCAAGAUGCCAGAGAAGAAUUUCGUCUUCUCCGGGAAGACGGGAAAGGCCGACGCCGAGGAGGAGUACGAGAUGAAGCCGCACAUCAGGUAUCCGAUGGAAGAGGGAACGGCGCUCAUCACGUUCGAGGAGGAGGACGUGGCGGCUAAUAUUCUGGAGAAGAGGAUCCAUAAGGUGGAUCUGGGAGGAGAGUGCCACAUCACGGUGGAGGCCCAGCCGGUUCACCUGCUGAUGCCCAGCCUGGUGGAGAUCGACACAGACGUCUGUCCUCACCGUGUUUUGGUGUCCAACCUGCCCAAGAUGGACACGGAGAUGCUGCUGAACAAACUGGAAAUCCACUUCUCCAAGUCCAAACAUGGAGGCGGCGAGGUGGAGUCCUGCGACUUCCUGCCGGACUCGGGGACGGUGGUCAUCGCCUUCGUGAAGGACAAGAUUGCAGAACAGUUGGCACUAACGGAACACCAUAAGAUCGAUUUCAACAAAACAAAGCACACAGUGAGAGUGACGCCUUUCAUAAACGGAAAGAUCACAAACUUGGAGACCCGGACCUCCAUGUGCCCUCGGACCGUCCUGCUGACGGGAAUCCCGGACGUCAUGGACCGGGAGACGAUGCAGGACAUGCUGGAGAUCCACUUCCAGAAAAACGGCAACGGCGGCGGCGAGAUCGAAGCCUUCCUGUACAACCCGCUCGGCCAGCAGACCCUGGCGCUGUUCGGCAGCGCCGCACCAGAACCUGGAGAGGAGAAGUAGAUCCGGCUGCUCCGGACCGAACUGACCGCCGGCAAACAUCUGGACUCUGUUUCUGAUGGACCUUUAGCCGAACUCUGUUGUUUUGGGAAUAAUCGGAAUGGUGAACGGUGCAGGACUUCAUGGUUUGGAAAACUGAAAGUUAAUCAAAUUUAAAUUCCCAGAUGAAAAAUAUUGUAAGUUUAUAAACAUCUAUAUUAUAUUAGAGCUGCAACAGACGACUAAUUGAUUAUUCAAUUGGAUUUUUACACGAUUAAUCGGAUGAAGAAAUGAACACAUUUUCAUUUAACCAUUCAAGCUUUUUUUAAAACAAUAUUAGAAAUACAAUAAAACAAGGUGUCCAAACUAUGUGCCGGGGGCCAUUCGGGGGCCCUUGAAAUGCUUGCGUUCGGCCCUGAUCACAAUCAAUGGUGAAAAUAAACAAAACGGAAAACAAUCGAUUUUCUUUGUAAUAAGGCAGCAAUUGUUUACGGGCUUCAUUUUUUAAUUGACUGUUGAGCUGGUAGCUUUAGCAUUUUUAAUUUAAUAUUUUUGCUUCCCAGAAGUUUAAAUUUGUCAGGGAGAAAACUUUGGACCACUGCUUUAAAAAUAAAAAAUAAUCAAUUCAACUAAGAAAUUAAAUAUUUUAUUGCCUCAGAAGUGAUAAUGCAGCAGUCCUUUUGUGAACGUUUGAUCAUUUGAAGCAAAAGAUGCGUUAAAAUCUCAACCUUUUCUGCUUCACUUAAUGUCAGUUGGGCUGAUCUGGUGAUUAGUUUUUGUUUUAAAUGAUUUACGUUUGGAUUUUUACAGCAUUUCAACCAGGUGAAGCUAAAACUGUGCUUUGUUUCGUAAAUACUUUUUGGUAAAGUUGAGGUUUAAUUACUGCCUUGAAUAUAUUCUUUCAAUACUUGGAUUUUUUUUUUAAUCUGUAUACUUCAGUUCGCGACUAAUACAUUUUUAAGGUAAUUGCCAAUUAUUUAAAUCGAUUAAUCAUAACGUUUGUUACAUGCAGAUAUUUGUCUAUCAAAUUAUCAUGUGGGAAAUCAGACAACUGGAAAUACCGUUUUCCUUAUUUGAUUUUUUUGAAAAAAGUGAAUAUAUUAUGACAUUUUACUGUGUUUUGUAUCAUCUGAUAAAAUCAUAUUAUCUGGGAAAAUAUAUAUUUUAAUCACUUUAAUAAGGUCCAUGUAAUGUACUCUGGCCAAGGCUGCAAAACCAAAUUUAUCAACUUAAAAUAAUCUAUUAACGCUGUAUUGAUGGACGAGUUUAUAUCAAAAUAAUACGCGUUAAUGUAAUUCUGCUUCGUCAGAAUAUUUACUGUCGCUUAGAUUUUGGAAAUGGAUUUCUGAAAUGUAAACAAGAAGGUUUAAGAAGAAUAUUAAAGUCUGGAUCAGCUUGGUUAAA